CGCACACCAAUCCGAUCCCGAAGUACUUGUUUAGUGGUGGGGUAAAACUCUACGGCGCAAGACGAAUGAAGGAUACGGAAAGAUUUUUCGCUGCCUCGCGUACUUGGGGUGAGCGGGUGAACCGCGAUGAACAAUUUGGUGGUGGUGCUUUGCGGAGCUUUACUGCUAUGUCCGAGGAUGAAGAAGCUGCCACAAUGGAAAACAUCCGCGGCAACCCUAAGGACGACAACUUCGCGGACGUCCGUGACAAACGCUACAUUGCUUCCCUAGAAGACAUCCGCCAAAUCUGCGCUGAAGUUGGCGGUGGCCACGUCAUCGGAGGGAAUGCUCAGUUUCAGGAUAUGUUGAUACGAAUUUUGCUCAAAACCGGUGCAUUGGAGGUUCCUUCAAGAGCGGUCACAAAUCAACAGGCGACAAGCGAAUUGAUGGGGUAUUGGAAGAGCCAAGACCAGGGCGAGCACGAAGAAUACCCAUCGCGCGGUAGUGGUUUGCAGAGCAAUACGGGGAAUACUGAUGGUUUCAGAAACUCCACUUCGAGCAUCGUCUCAGGAGAAGCGGCACUACCGCAAACUUUCGUGAUGAACAACCAUGAAAUCUUCUAUCUAGAAGCUUUUUCCUCCAAGCUGUGGACUUGCAUUGUCGA